UUCGUAUAUCUCACCUGGUUUGCCGCAAUCACUCUAAAAAGAAAAAAGUGUAUGCUCAGAAGGCCGUGCUGUUGGGAAUCCAAGUCGGCUACCAAGUCAUUCGUCUGGACCACGUUUCUGCUCGGCUCACUGGAGCGAUGGCAGGCCAGAAGCAAUCUCGUUCCUCGUAUUGAGCACAAACGUACGUUGUGAGGUUGCGUGGCUGGAUGCAUCUGCUUGUGAUACCCAAUGUCUGGUGGUGGUGGGCAUGCUUUGGUGGUUUCUCAUUCGCCCUCGUGGCUUACCCCUGACAUUUGUCAGGCAGCGAACAGCAAAUCUCCAGUUGGUAUUUGGGGGGGGGGGUGUUGUAUGGACAAGCGAAGGAUCGCCGACCGACAACGACCAGACAUUGUUGCAGAUCUCUUAGAGCCUACUUAUUUACCACCUGCCGAACGGGCCAUCCGCACCGUAUUAGCACCUAUCAAAUGUCUUUUGUCCCUACUUACCACCACCUGGCGCAAGCCUCAUGUGUUCCUAUUUUGCUGUUUUGACAUCAAUCUGCUGUUUUCUUUUCCCCUUUGAAUAUUUCUUUUUAGUUCGAUGCCCCGUUCUUCCCACAUCAUGUCAUGAAAUGUACAUAUCUA